AUGGUACUAGCUCUUACCUACUCCGAUGUGUUCAACUCUUAUGUCAUAUGGCUGAUGAUGCCAUACCUCACUAAUGUCUGGAAGCUUAAUGAUGCGCAUGCUGCUGCAAUCAUCAAUGUUUGGCGAGGUCUGAUGUGGAUGAUGCCGAUUUGCAUGUUAUAUUCUGCCGAUACCGUGAUGGGCAAGUUUCCGAUGAUCGUGCUGUCCGGUGUAACCAGCAGUAUUGGGUUCGGGCUAUUGUCAAUGUCGACGCCCCGUGUUUUUACAAAGGAAAUAGGCACUUGUUACUCGUACGAGCCGAAGUGCAUCAGCGGCGAAAAGAUAAGUUUCUUCUUCGCUGCAUUGCUUUUAACAGCUCUUGGGAUAUCAGGUCUAAGAUCCUCCCUACCCCCGCUCUUGGAGAAAAAUCUUGAAGAUACCAAGAAAGAAGAAGAAAUCAGUGAGGGAAAAGCUAUGAGACUGCUUUCAUCAUUGAGCUAUAUAAACCCAUGGUCCAUCAAGUUCGGGGUUCCGGCAAUAUGCACGGCGGCAGCAACUGUGGUUUUUAUAAGUGGUUCGUGUUAUUAUAGCCGUGAACCCCCUGCAGGAAGCCCAUUCACUACAGUGUUCAGGGUCAUUUGUGCAGCUACUUCCAAAAUUUUUCUGGAUAAAGCUGCAACUUUUUUGCCGAACCAAUCUCAAGAGCAACAAAAACGAAACCGGUGGAGACUUUGUAGAGUAACCGAGGUUGAAGAAACGAAGCUGGUCGUCCGGUUGUUUCAUCGUUGUCCGUUCUUCAUCAUCUGCGGCCUUGUAUCCGCCGCCGGUCACAGGUUCUUCAUGUCUCAAGCAAACCACUUGAAGCGCAACAAUUACCCUCUUCUAAUUCUUCCUUUCUUUUUCGACAUAUCCAAAAACUACAGUCAUUUAAUCUCAUGUGGAGUCCUAAGCAAGUAUCAACCCCGAAUCGGCAUCGGUAUAUCCAUGAUUUUAGACGCCAUCUGUUGCAUGACCGCUGCAACAGUCGAGGCUUGGAGAUUAAACGUGGUCAAGAGCCAUGGUUUACUUUACAAGCCCGAUGACGAAAUCCCCAUGUUUUUCUCCGUACUGGUGCCUCAGUUCGUGUUGCUUGGUGUCAACGAUGGGAUCUUCGAACAAUGCGUUUCGGGUUUCUUCAAAAACCAGGUUCCUCCCACCAUGAGACCGUACCUGAAAUGGUUGAGCGAGGGGAUUCGAGGAGUGGGGAUAAUCGGCGGUGGUGGUUGGAAAGAUUAG